AUGGCGUCCUCCCCCUCCAAGAGUAAACUGCGGCAGUCGAUGCACGCGACAAUGGCCACCUUGACCAGCGCAUCCGCCGAAGUCACGAAAGCCGCCAUGAACCUCCCAUCAACCUACCACAACUACGUCGCUCACAACGCCGCUGCAGUAUCAAACAUCGAAAGCUCCCUCCGCUCACUGACAUACCUCCUCCCCGGCGCACGCUUUCACGACUCCGAACUCGCCUCGGAAUCCGUCCACACCUUUGUCCAACUCCUAUCAAUCUACCAUGACCACCUUCUCAAAAGACGCGCCGCCGUGCUCGCGCACUCUCCUACGAUCCUCAAGGCUCGAACUGCAGCCUCUGCCGCAGCCGCGGUCCAACGGCCAAAGCCAUCCCUGCACGCUCGCUACACUACCUUUUGGACGACGACGUCGUCACUGUACACCAAGAUCGCGACGCUGCUGAAGAUCGCACAAUACACUGAACUGCUAUGGGAGAUGCUGGCGCGGAGGAAGGGAGGCGAGCAGACGCGGUGGCGCGUGGUUGUGCUGCUCGAGUCGUUCAAGGCAAUUUGUCGACUCUUGCUCAUGCGCUUGACCAACUCGCGGCCACUGGUCAGCCCACCCUUGCCGUUGCGCGAGGACUUUGCGCCGAUUGAACCCGACGAGGAGGAUGACGAGCUGCUGGUGGAAGGGGAGUUGAUUCCCGGUGACGGCAAUGCUGGCGCGUUCGAUGUCAAGACCGCGCUGGGCGAUGCGGGUGUGCCGACUCCACCGUUGUCGGAUUCCGGGUUGAAUGGUAAACCGACGUCGAGUCUGUCGAUUUCGGAGCCCUACAACAUGCCGCGCACUGGCUUCACGCUGCCCACGCUGCCGACGCCGGACAGUGUGUCGGCGUACUUGCUCAGCCAUGUACUUACGGCGGACGACGUCAAGCCUGCGAAACAGCUGUUGCACCGCUUGACGACGUUACGUGGCCAGGGGGCCGAGGUCCUGUACAUUCUACGCCCGGUGGUCUAUGCUCUUAUGAUGCAGCGCGUCGCGGCCAUGUAUGGUUACGAAGGGACCAAGUGGAAGAAACACUGGACGCCGUGGCUCGUGGGGUUCGCGAUGGAGUAUCUUGCGCGACAGCUCGCCAAGAGAGACCUCACUUCUCGCGUGCCUGGAGGUGCGAAGAGUGGCUUGUCCGCGCUCGAGAGGGAAGAACUCAAGAAGCGAGGCUGGUGUUUGGCGUGGUGGGGGAUGAGAGGCGCGUUUUACGAGAAUGUUACCAAGCGAUGGAUCCACGGUACUGCACAGGGCUUGAAGGGUAAGCCGAUUCUGGAUCUUGUCGGUGGUGUGGUAGAGGACUAUGAGUGGCUCUGGAGUGGGUAUUACUUUUCGACUGCGACAAUGUGA